AUGUCCUCCCCCUCCAACGGCUCGCCCUCGAGCGAUGCAGCGCUCUUACCACGAGAGCGACGCAAGAAAUCCUCCUUCCGAAAUCUGCUCAACUUCCUUUUCUGCAUGCCCAAGUUCAACAAGCGACACGAUCAAGCCUCAAGCCCUUCGACGACUCCGCCAGCUCGAGCUGUGGCUAUCUCCGCCGUAUCGGAGCUUGUCCUGACUCCCCCUGCAAGAGCCAGGAGGCCAGUGGUCCGCCCAAGCCUCAGCGAUCCCCCUCCUAUGAGGGCUUUGGACGCGUUUCGAGUAGACGUGGGACUCUCUGAGAGCCCUCUGCGAGUGCGUAUGCCCUCGUCUCCCGGUGUAGAAGCCACCGAUAUCGAUGAGUUGGCGACCCAUGAUCUACGAAUGGAGCAGAACAUCAACAGGCAGACUUUCGAUAUCCAUACGAAUCAUGACAGUGAACUCGCCUCCUCCUUCGGACUCUUACCUUCCGUACUCUUACCUUCCCAAGUCCAGCACGCCCCUAAUCCCCUUCUGGACAUGGUCUUAGAGACUGGACGACGACGACAUCUCAGAAGGCCUCCGACUCGCCGCGGUGCCGCCAAUCCUGGAGGUCCAGCAGCAUCGAGUGAGGACGGACCCCUUGUCAUUUUCUCAAACACUACUGAGCAGCGCGAUGGAACGGUGGAGAUGACGCCGCCUGAGACGCCGGUUUUGAGGCCUCGACGUAGGGUUGAUGCGAUGCGGGGUGGUGCUAGCGGUACCUGA